AGCGGGCGGCGGAUGCCCGGGGGUGGGGGGAGUCCGGCGCCCGGCACGCAGGUGGGAGCGGAGGCGGGCGGAGCGGCGGGCGGCAGGAUGAGCCUGUCGCCGAAGGAGCUGUCGAGCCUGCUGAGCAUCGUGUCGGAGGAGGCGGGCGGCAGCACCUUCGAGGGCCUCUCCAGCGCCUUCCACCACUACUUCGGCAAGGCCGAGCACUUCCGCCUGGGCUCCGUCCUCGUCCUCCUCCUCCAGCAGCCCGACCUGCUGCCCAGCCCGGCCCAGCGCCUCACCGCCCUCUACCUCCUCUGGGAGAUGUACCGCACCGAGCCCCUCGCCGCCAACCCCUUCGCCGCCGUCUUCGCCCACCUCCUGAACCCCGCGCCCGAGCGGGGCGGCGACGAGGCCGAGCGGACGCCGCUCUCCGGCUUCUUGCCUCCCAUAACGCCUCCAGAAAAAUUCUUUCUUUCUCAACUGAUGUUGGCCCCCCCUAGAGAGCUGUUCAAGAAGACUCCUCGGCAGAUUGCUUCAAUGGAUGUGGGGAACAUGGCCCAGUCCGUGGAUAUAAGUGGGCUUCAGCUGGCAUUAGCAGAACGUCAGUCUGAGUUGCCAACACAGAGCAAGGCCAGCUUCCCCAGCAUUCUCAGCGAUCCUGACCCAGAUUCUUCCAACUCUGGUUUUGACAGCUCUGUUGCCUCCCAGAUCACAGAAGCCUUAGUGAGUGGACCAAAACCUCCUAUAGAAAGCCACUUUCGACCAGAGUUCAUUCGACCACCACCUCCACUCCAUAUAUGUGAGGAUGAAUUGGCAUGGUUAAAUCCAAUAGAGCCAGAUCACACAAUUCAGUGGGAUAAGUCAAUGUGUGUUAAGAACAGCACUGGAGUUGAGAUAAAAAGAAUCAUGGCAAAAGCUUUUAAAAGUCCUUUGACUUCCCCACAGCAAACACAGCUCCUGGGAGAACUGGAAAAGGACCCCAAGCUUGUUUACCAUAUUGGUCUCACUCCUGCCAAAUUGCCAGACCUGGUUGAAAACAAUCCUUUAGUAGCUAUAGAAAUGUUACUGAAACUGAUGCAGUCUAGUCAGAUAACAGAGUAUUUUUCUGUCUUGGUCAACAUGGACAUGUCCUUACAUUCAAUGGAAGUUGUCAAUCGGUGCUAUGCUGCUUAAUCUUUCAUCCCUACCCCAAGAAUGGAGAGGCUUAUUCAAAGAAAACACGUGUUACUCUUCAGUAUUGGCAAAGUGUUUCUACUUGGAAAAGAAUAGGGAAAUACAUACUGUGCUGUGGAUAACUUCAACUGGAGUUGAUAAUUACUAGAAAAGUAAUUUUAUCCAACUGUUUGAUAUUUUCAGCUCAAAACUCUUUAAAACGGGUAUAACUUCAGGCAGCCUGUCAUUGCAAUGUAUAUUCUGUCUAGUUUUACUCACAAAUCAGGCCCCCAGUUAAUAUAUGAAUUUCAGUAGCAAAUACGUGUCCUUUGGCCCAGGAAGGUGUAAGUUUAGUCACUGACUUGCAGAGAUGACCAGUUACUGGAUCUUUAUGGUUUUGUCACUGCGGUAAGUGUCACUCUCUCUAAUGGGUCACCAUCUUGUUAUUCCUGAUGAAGAAUUCACCCUCUUUUUGCGUCUCUAAAAAACAGCCUUAUCUCUAGCUUCUCUCUUCUAACUGAGGUAGCAGUUGUGUUUUAUUACAACAUCUGAAAAUGUUAAU